AUGAACCGGAUUGAUGACCUUGACAACCCGUUGUGUUCCCCAGUCGGCCGCCUCAAGCAUUUCGCCUCCAUCACCUCGCCCCUGACACUCUUGGCUUCGUCGACCGAGCUCGCAAAUGCCCAGCGCUUCCUCCGCGAAUACCAAGAUGGUGUGGGAGAAGGGAGAAAAGCAUGGGGGAAGGAAGAAGAGUACGGGCUGUGGAAGAAGAAACAGCGUAAGCGCGGUCACUUGCUUCGUGGCUAAUCCUGCCGAGCUGACAAUUUUCUAUUUCUCGUCGUUUCAGUCGUCGAGAGUUCUAUACAUCCUGGUGAGCCCCUCGUAUUAGUCAUUUUUCGGAUCGGUACUAGAACUGAUCUUCUGGACCCACUUGAAACUCGUAGACACCGGCCUCCCCGUGCCAUUACCUUUCCGGCUGUCGGCCUUUGUCCCGACAAAUUUGCUCAUCGUCGGUGGCAUGCUCAUGCCCAAUCCGACUAUCAAGAGUGUCAUCUUUUGGCAGUUCGCCAACCAGUCCCUCAAUGGUGGGUGAUGCUUUCACGACCUUGUACCUGGUAGUUGCUCCAAUCGGGUCGACACGUGGCUAAUGCGAUAUCUGCACGUUCGCACAGUCGCCGUCAACUACUCGAACGCCAACAAGUCCAUCUCGAUGACCAACGCCGAAAUCGCCAAGGCCUACGCCUCAGCCACGAUUGCAUCCUGUACGAUUGCCGUGGGGCUCACCUCGCUCGUACCUCGACUGCGAUCCCUUGCACCUUCGACACGAAUGCUGCUCGGCAAAUUGGUGCCCUUCGUCGCCGUUGCGUCGGCGGGUUGCGUCAACAUCGGUCUGAUGAGGUGGAAGGAGAUACGAGACGGUAUCUCGAUCUACAAGCCCAAGGAUGCGGUGACCGGCCGAGUCAGUGACGAAGUCUUGGGCAAGAGUUCGAUUGCGGGCAAAUAUGCGAUCGGGCAGACGGCGGCGAGUCGCGUGUUAACCAACAUGUGAGUUGCCCCAGCGGCCUAAAGGUCAAGCCGGUCUCGAGACUGGUGCUCAAUAUAUCCUUGUUAUUGCAUCCAGUCCGACUCUCAUUCUCCCGCCUUUGAUCAUUACGCUCUUGGAGCGAAGAGGAGCUUUCGAUCGACCCAAUGGGAAGCGGUUAUCCACGGCGCUCAACCUUGGUCAGUCUUUUCCCGCACUCCCUUCUUCUCUCGCCUUCUUUUCUCAUCUUACUUCGCUCGUCUAUAGGUUUGAUCGGCUUGUCCUUGCUUGUAUUCCUUCCCCCUGCGAUCGCCGUCUUCCCGCAACGAGGCGCGGUCAGUCCCAAGAAGCUGGAGGAGAAGUACCACGACUUGCCUUAUGACCAUGUCGAGUUCAACAAAGGGUUAUGA